AUGUCUUUGCUUGCUGGAUCUCAUGGCUGUUCGGAGAGCAAUUUAUCCGACACAGCCGUCGAACCCCAGACCAGAGCCCCUAAUGCUGAAGAAUCACUGAAGCAGCUACCAGAAGGCGGCUACGGUUGGGUAUGCGUCGUAUCUGUGUUUCUCAUCAAUGGGCAUACAUGGGUGAAAGCUAACGAGCAAACCCAAAAGGCUUACGGGGUUCUUCUCUCCUACUACCUUUCCGAUCACACAUUCCCAAACACCAGCGCCCUCGAAUAUGCAUUUGUCGGUGGUCUAAGCAUCUCCAUGGCCUUCGUCAUAUCACCUCUCUCCACAUACAUGGUGCAUACCUACGGAAUCCGACCCGUGACAACCAUCGGCGGCGUGCUAAUAGCAGUAUCUCUCAUCUGUACCUCCUUCGUCCACCAAAACUGGCAGCUCUUUUUAUCACAGGGCAUAUGUUUUGGACUGGGAAUGGGAUUUGCUUUCGUCGGCUCUGUCGGUGUUGUAUCGCACUGGUUCCAUAAACGCCGAAGUCUGGUUAAUGGCAUUGUCGCUGCUGGUUCAGGGAUUGGUGGAUUGACGUAUUCACUUGCAGUGAAUGCUAUGAUCUCUAGUCUCGGUUAUCCAUGGGCCAUGCGCAUUCUCGGUAUUAUUUGUUUCGCCAUCAAUGUACUCUGUGGCAAUCUCCUUCGGCUGCCGCCGAGCUCUGCUCCACGACCCGGCCAAAAACUCAUGCAAGUGCAACUAUUCCGACAACAGAAUUAUAUCUUCUAUCUCUUGUGGGGUAUAUGCAGUGGCCUGGGCUAUAUCGCUUUGCUGUUCAGUCUAUCAAGCUACGCAGUGGCAGUUGGGUUGACGCAGCAGCAAGGAGGUCUUGCUAGCGCUCUUCUGAGCUUAGGCCAGGCCCUCGGUCGUCCCAUGGUGGGCAGACUGAGCGACUCUUUCGGUCGGAUUGAGAUUCCCCUUGUCAGCUCUCUGUUCUGUGGAGUACUUUGUCUGGUCGUAUGGCCAUUUGCAGCGUCUGCUGGAGUGCUGUAUUUCUUUGCAAUCGCUGCUGGCCUGGGAGCGGGGACAUUAUGGGCGGCAGCUGCUCCUAUCGCUGUGGAAAUCGUCGGCCUCGAAGAUUUAGCUGGUGCGUUGGGCUUCUUUUGGUUGGUUCUCGCGCCACCCACCGCUGUGGCUGAACCUAUUGCCGUGCAGCUACGGAAUAAUGUCGGGGAUGCGCAUCCGUAUUUGAGAGUGCAGUUAUUUGCCGGGUUCAUGUAUCUGGGGGCUGGCGUCUGGCUGCUCUGUCUCAAAAUUUGGAGAGCUAAGAAGCUAUAG